AUUUUGGAGCAAGUUUUUUUUAUUUUUCUAUUUUUUUAGAUCAUACAAUAAUUUAGCUGAAAAAGUUGGGUUCUCUACUGUCUUGUAAAUUGGUCAUUCAUCUCCAAGCUGCUAUUUAUUACCAUCAGGAUUUACGCUUUAACUUUCUCUGCAUAUAAAUCAGAGAGCGAUUAAAAAACAUGAAUGACAUUCGUUUGUACGUGACCCCCACCGUCUGUUAUGAAACGGAAACAUGAGGACAUUUCUGUCCAACUAGAGCGACUAAUUAUUAAUUCCCCCCCUGUGACCGCUGUUUUGUUUUUUUGUUUUUUUUCUCCCGGAGCUCCGGUGGAAAAGAUGAAUUACAGCACUGCGUUGUGGACAUGCGCGGAGCUGCAGCGAAUAUGGCGGCUUGCAUUUGAUGGAAAGUGAGGAGUCUCUCAUCAAAACAGCCCGCUCUCACGGUUUCUGUUUAGCCCUCUUGUCUGGUCAUCAUGGGACGGACACCACAAAGAGAUCCAAAAGAGGAGAAGAAGGAGAGGCGGAGCAGCAUCACAGCAGGCUCUGCCCUCGACAAAUCAAACGAACCAUUUAGCUGGGAAGGCUAUCUGAGAGAAACCUCAUCUGUUGCAGCAUCACCUUCUUGCUUCAAACAGUCUAGAAUCCCCCCUUCCAAUGAUUUCAAAGCAGGUAUGAAGCUUGAGGCUCGAGACCCUCGCAACUCUAACUCGGUGUGCAUCGCCACGGUGAUGGGCAUGAUGGGGACUCGCCUGCGACUGCGGCUGGAUGGCAGUGACAACACUAAUGACUUCUGGCGGCUUGUGGACUCUUCGGACAUCCAGCCAAUAGGAACUUGUGAAAGGACUGGAGACAUGCUGCAGCCGCCCCUGGGUUUCAGGAUGAAUGCAUCCUCAUGGCCCAUGUUUCUCCUGCGGACGCUAAGCGGUGCAGAGAUAGCCCCCGCCUCUGCUUUUAAGAAGGAGCCGGCCAGUCCAGAUAAAAACUACUUCCAGCCCGGCAUGAAGCUGGAGGCUGUGGACAGGAAAAACCCCUACCUGAUCUGUCCCGCCACGGUGGGAGAGGUCCGAGGCCUGGAGAUUUUUGUAAUGUUUGACGGCUGGAGAGGUGCCUUCGACUACUGGUGCCCCUUCGACUCCAGAGACAUCUUCCCCGUUGGUUGGUGUACCCUGACGAAGCACAGCUUACAGCCACCAGGAAACUUCUUUACUCUUCCUGGUGCACUUCUCGCUCCGGUUUCUUCCACAUCUGCAACACGUCGCUCCUCUUUCAACUCCUCCUCAUCCUCGACCUCCAUGCAGACCUCAUACCGACUGCCAAAUCCCCUGCCACCCCUCCCCGUCCGAAAGGGUGUCCGAGGUCGCCGUCCAAAAUCCCAGACCAUUGCUUUGCUGAAAGCAGCGGCUGAAGCUGCGGCGGCAGCAGCAGCGGCGGCGGCCGUGAAUGGAGCACCGCAGAGCCCAGUGACUGAGACGUCACUGGCCCCCAGACCACACAAGAAGAGAGGGCCGAAGCCUAAAGGCAAGAAGAAACCUCUGAUGGGGCAAUCCCCAGGCUCAUCUCCAGUUACUACCCCGCCUCCAGAGAUCAAACUGAACCCCAGCCACGUCUCUGUGGACAGCAGCCUCAGCAAUGGCUCAAAUGUAAUUUGCACAGUGUGUGUCUAUGUCAACAAGCAUGGCAACUAUGGCCCACAUCUAGAUCGAAAACUGGUCCAGCAGCUGCCGGACCACUUUGGUCCAGCUCCGGUCAACGCAGUCCUUCAGCAGGCUGUUCAGGCCUGUGUGGACUGUACGUAUCAGCCCUCGGUGCUGUUGUCCUUUCUACAGAGCCAGUCCCACUCGGGAGGAGAGGUCAUUAGAGUUUGCUCAGAGCAUGGCAUUCGCUAUGUGAAGUUGCCCUCGGCCUCCAGUGCGUCGUCUGUGUUGCGGUUCUUGGAAAACAUGUGCCAACACCUGGAGAGUGACAGUCUUUUCAGCUCGCAGCCCUUUAACCCCUACAGCAACAACACACGCUUCUACAACAGAACCAAGUCAGAACCACUGUCCAUCACUGAGAAUGGCGUUUCCAAUGACAAUCCGACAAAGGACCCCGUACCUUCCCCUCGGCCCCUUCACAACACACUGGACUACAGAGCAGCUAAGAGGGAGCGGCCAUGUUAUCCUGGACACACACAAACACCACCGCCCCUUCGGCGAGUCAGCUCCAACCCCUCCGAGCUUGGUCCUGUAAAUACACACAGACGAGUGGAAGCAGCUAGCUCAACAACAGGUCCAGACCACAUGAAACAGGACAGAGAGACUUCAGGGAACAACGCUUCCUCCUGGUCAGUUGAUGAGGUCAUAAGAUUUGUCCAAGAGGCGGAUCCACAAACUCUUGGUCCGCAUGUCGACCUGUUCAGGAAACAUGAGAUCGACGGCAAGGCUCUGAUGCUGCUCCGCAGUGAUGUCAUUAUGAAGUACAUGGGACUGAAGCUGGGUCCGGCUCUGAAACUGUGUCAUCACAUUGAGAAGCUGAGACAGAUCAAACAUUGAAUGAUGAUGCUGAUGAUGAAGAUGAGACUGUUUUGUCAAUGGUACCCAAACCUUCCUGUCUAUUUGCAGGAAUGUUUUGCGGUAUAAAUCCGAUAAGGACACCGAGGUCAUGUUCUGGUACUUUUUGGGAAGACUGUGUUUUAGUAACAGGACGUAGUUUCUGCAUAAAUGGUGUGAAUCAUAUCAACUGAGGCUGAAAGAAACACAAUUCCUCCUACUUUUAUUAAUUAUCUAUAAUGAAAUUAUUUAGUAUAUUUUCAAGCAAAAUUUUAUCUUUCGGUGUAGGAAAACGCAUAGAAGGCACAAUUAUAGAAAAGUAACUACCAGUUUGAAAACUUUUAUUUCCAUUUUAAGCUGAUAAUUUCUAAACUAUUAUCACCUGUCAGGAAGCAAAGCUUGUGUAGGAAGUUGAACCUAUGCUCUGCAGCAGUUCCUAUCUGACACCAUAGCAUAGACAUCGGUUUUGUUUUAUGUAUUUUUUGCCUUAUUAUGAGUAAAUGAAGGCCAUUUUUCUGAAUCCCAAUAAGUCUAACUGUACAUUUCCACUUUUGGCUGGUAAAACCCGGCACACAGAUCUGAAUUUAAAACUAGAGAUAACGCACAAACAACUGGAAACAUUAGUCUAAGUGCUGACAGUAAAUAUUUUCUUUUGCUUCAGGCAAUGAGGUUUCUGAAGGCCUGUUUUAAAACGGAUAGCUCAACGUUGUUUAGGCAUGCUGCAGGAUGUAUGAGCACGGAGGCUCUAACAGGGACUGAACAACGAGGGCAGUUAUGGGAAUUGAAAGGGUUUAAUCCGGAAAAAAAUGUUGUUUGCUGAAGUCAAUCGUUGAGGUAUAGUUUUAUUGACAAAGAUUAUGUAUUAAGAUUAGUAGAGUGGAGACUGAUUUGAUUCAGAAUGUGGCAGCCUUGUACAAAAUGCCUUCCUGAGUUAUAGAACUGCAAUGGUCUGCAUGCUGGAUGACAUUUGUGCUGGUCAGCCUCAUCUUGACUCCUUACAGUCAAACACAAACACUCAAAACCAAGACUUUAAAUGACUGGAAUACUCCUUAAGUGUUUUGAUAUUAACAUAAAAAGUGCAUCAUUUAUAGUAGAGUCUGAUUUCCGUGCAGGAUGUACAGCAACCAGACUUGCUCUGCCUGAACAUAAUGGAGAAAUAGUUUUGUACAAAAGUUAAAUUAACAAGUAGGUUGUUAUUUUGUAUCAUUUUGUACGGUAACAAAGUGUAUCCACCUGUAUCAAGUGUAACCAUUUUUUUUUUAUUUUUUUUAGCCUGAAUAGUGUUUAUUGUGUGACCAUCAAAUAUCUACCUGCAGAGUAAUGAGGUGUUUGAGUAAAUAUUCUCUUGUUUCAAAGUGUUGAUCUGUUUUUGAAGGCAGAAAUACUUAUUUUCUGAACAUUUCAGAAUCAUUUGCUAACCAAACCGUGUCUGCAUUUUCACAUUGUCAGUCUCCUGUAGUGGCAACAAGUUGACACUUGAGGCCGUGUUGCUUUAAUGUGAAACUCAGGUUUUAGUGAGGGUUUUCUCUUAGAAGAUGUUUUACAUGAUAACAUUUGCAGCAUAAUAUUCAUUAUGUUUAUUUGUAUUGCCUAUGUAUUGCUCUGUAGCAUUUCUUCUGUACCAACACAAUUUUUCUACUGUAUCACAAGUGUGUUUAAUAUGUCUACUAUGCAUUCACACAAUUAAACAUUUGUUUAUAUUA